UUCUGCGCGCCCUGAUUGGUCGCGCCGGCUGGUUGUCGAGGCUUCGGGGCUUCAUUCACCAUUUUGCGACUGUAGCGUAGAAUGUACAGGGCAGUAGUUUUUCCUCCUUUUAAGUUGCUUUGCAGGAGAAACAUGAACAGCCGAUAAUUGGCAGCUGCGGACUACCGGCCACUCUGCCCUAUUUUAACCAGCGGACUCAUCAGAGAAUCACACUGGGGUACUAUAUUAUCUCUGAGUCUCUGGAAUAAGGUGGGCAAGUGCCGAAGUCGCGCAACAGAGACAAGACAGGAUGAGAGAGAGAGGCCCUGGCAGAAGAGGAAAAUAGAGAGAAAGGAAGGGAGGAGGCGGGGGGGAAAAGAAGAAAAGCAAAAACGAGGCAGAGCAAUAGAGGAACGCCAAGGAGAAUCUCGGGAAUAAAUAAAUAAAAAGACUUGUUUGGAGCAAAAGGAAAGCUAGAUGAAAAGAUGAAGCCGAUAAAAAAGCAGGGCCGACGCUCUCCCCCCUCCACGCGGGCCAAAGGGGGGAAGCGUCGUGGAGCGGGGGAUGCCCCUGAAGGAGGGGAGAAGAGAGACUCAGACGGGAACAGAGACAGAAGCAGAUCGCCGCAAAACCAGACCGCCUCCUCCUCUUUUUCAUCUAAUUCACACUCAGACUCCCAGGCGGACUCAAUCAGAGCGCGGGACACUUCAGAAGGGGAAGGACUACACAGAGAAGGGCUGUCAGAGACGACGGUAUCGCUUGGGAUGGAUUCUGGGAAAUUGUUGACAUCUUCGGAUGAUAGGUCAGUGAGGUCGGUGUUGAGCGGUAGCAGCCACAGUGAUAGUAGCGGUAGCAGCUGCAGUAACAGUAGUACACCGAGCGCCAACAACAGCCCCAACCCCGCCUCCAGUCGCAAGACAGCCACCUUCAAAGCCCGCGUUCCCAAGAAGAAGUACACAUCCGAACACUGCUCGUCUAAUACUGUUGGUAACCAUAGCCACCCUGCAUCCAGCACGCCCCCUCCUCUACUUCUGAGUAGUCACAAUCAGGGGUCCACAGGUUCAGGAAGUGACAUUAGCAUCUCGCAACCUGACGGCAACGGUCAGAGUCGAAGCCUGAUGGCCGAUUUCCACAGCAGGAACACUGGCAGGGAAGCACCUCAGGACAGCUCCCCGGGACCCCCAACCCUGUCCUUGGGGGGAGGCGAGAGCGAAAGGCCGGUAAAAGUUGAAGGGGUAAGAGAAGGAGAGAGAAUAUCACCCAGCCCAUUACCCCGCUGCUCUUCGACAGACACCGCCAGCGAGCACUCAGCUGACCUGGAGGUAGUCAGCGACGCGCACACAAUCACGCCACUGUCUACACACACACCCUCCAGUCUCCCUGAUGCACUAUCCGAUGCCCUGGCCAAAGGGAUGAAGAACCAGCGUGUCCUCGCCCGCCAGCUCAGGAGAAGAAGUGACGAGGAGGCAGGAGGAGAAAGGAUGGAUGAAGGGAGGCUUUCGGACUUGGUGUUCCGGGCUGGCGUGGUCCGUAAGGUCAGCGGUGAAUACGGAAGUCUGGAGGUACAACUAAAUGGGGAGAAGACGCUGUGUCGUUAUCCGUAUAGACAUGACAUCCCCCCAGGGGUUGUGGACAUCAUCCUAGAUGCUCAGCCACCUGGUGUCCACCCAAUACCAAUAGGAACCCGCGUCUGUGUACCAUUCGGGAAUGAGGAGGGCAGCGAGGGACAGUGGCAGUGGUACCGAGAAGGCGUGGUGACCCAGGUGGAUACACAUCCAGCAGUGGCCAAUCGUUACCGCGUACUGUUGUCUGAGGAAAGACUUCCCGCUGUGGGUGAAGAAGAGGAGGGCAGGGCUACGGCUGGUGGUACUCAGGCAGUCUGGGUGUCCCGUCAAACACUUCGGCUCUUGGUGCCACCUUGGGACCUGGAUCUGCCGUCUGGAGGAGGAAGGGAGGGAGAAGAGGGUGUUAGAGAGAAGGAAAGGGAGCAGGACGAUAGGGAGGAGAUUGACGUGGAGCAGGAGGUGUGUCGUUUGAGCCGAGGGAUGGCACCUGGUGUGGGAUCGGUGAUGGAGCGAGAUAUUCCCUACCCAGGCAUGGUCCCCGUUUCCUCCACUUCAGUCCACAACAUCACUUCUUUAGUAACCCCAACCUCAGUCCUCAGCAUGGCUCCUGGCCGAGAGUGGGAAAUAGAUAAAGACCUUGAGAGGGAGAGGGACCUCCAGAGAAAACAGGAAAGAGAGAGGGAAAGAGAGCGAGAAAGGGAGAACAAUGCAAAGCAGCAGCAGCAACAACAACAACAGCAGCAGCAGCAGCAGCAGCAGCUCCACCAGUACAUGCCACUCACCCCUGAGGAUGACAUGGAGGUGACCCACUUCAGCAUGGGCCCUAUAGGGGGGAUUAUACCUGGGGCCAAACCCAUGGGAGUUCCUCAACACCGCCACAUCGUCUCUAAGCCCCCACCCGGCUACCUCAAUCCCCACCUGUCCGUGGUGCGGGGCAUCGGGAUCCCCUCUGCCCACCUCACCCUGAACCCUCACCCCUCUCCUUCACCUGUCCUGAUAGGCCUGGACCCAGUAACUGCAGUCAUCGCCGCCCCUCAGCUCCCCCCUCUCCCUCCCAUGUCCUCUUCCUCUGCAUCAUCCUCCAGAGGAGAGAAGGGCUCAGGCGGAGGCUCUUCUGGUGGAGGAGCAGGUGGUGGUGGUGGAUCUGGAUCAGGUUCAACCUCCUCCUCUUCCUCACGUUCCCGCACCCCACUGACAGCUGCCCAGCAGAAGUACAAGAAGGGAGAUGUGGUGUGCACGCCAACAGGCAUCCGCAAGAAGUUCAACGGGAAGCAGUGGAGGAGGCUGUGCUCGCGCGAGGGCUGUUCUAAAGAGUCGCAGCGCCGAGGAUACUGCUCCAGACACCUCUCGAUGAGGACCAAGGAGAUGGAGGCCAGCGGAGGCGGCCGGGAACGGGGUGGAGCUAGCAGCACAGGAACCCUGACGCCAUCUGACCUCCGGCUUGGCGGGGGGCGAGCCAGCUCAGAGUUUGACUGGGAUGAGACAUCACGGGAAAGCAGUGAGGCCAGCAGCCGCGGAGGAGAUUCCCGACCACGCCUGGUCCUCCCCUCCCUGCUCCCCCAGGACCUCUCUCGCUUUGACUUUGAUGAGUGCGAGGCGGCCACCAUGCUUGUGUCCUUGGGGGGCUCCCGUGCAGGCACACCCUCGUACUCCCCCAUAUCUAACCAGUCGCCCUUCUCCCCUACCCCAUCACCCUCGCCCUCUCCUCUCUUUGGCUUCCGCCCGGCCAAUUUCAGCCCCAUCACCGCUCCCGCCUCGCUUACCCCACGCCGCCAUCGCCAGCUCAGUGGCACUAAAAUGGGCACGCCAGGCACCGAACGAGAACGCCACCUGUCAGGAAUCGUGCCCACUUUUCAGACCAACCUCACGUUCACAGUGCCCAUGAGCCCCAGCAAGAGGAAGCUGGACACGCACCCACCUCCUCCACUGCCUACAGUCCAGGACUACCAGCCCAAACUUGAGCAUGGUAUAGGGAUAGGGGUGAUGGUAGACCCCAACCUUGGCCACAGCCCUGCUGCCUUCAGAGUCCUGUCCCCCCAGAGUCAAUCCACAACCCCCUCGCUUUCCUUCCCCAGGCCACGUAGUGCCACCAGCAGGCCACCAUCCUCUGCUGCCUCCACACCUCCGCCCAUGCUAGUCUCUCCUACUCCUCCCUCUCCUUUGCCCCAGGAACCCUCUCCACGCCGCAUUGUACCCCUCCGCGAUUCCCCAGUCAUUGUCCGCAACCCAGAUGUACCCCUGGCCAAGUUCUCCGACGGCCCGUUAGGAAGGAGAGAAAGGAGCAGGUCCAGGGAGCACAACCAGCCCCAACACGCAGCUCCACCUGGCCUGCAGGCCCCCGUCCCGAUCAACGGAGCCACCACCAACGGUGCUGUUCUUCUGCGCAAUCCCACAUCCACACUGGUCCUGGUCACCUCCAGCUCGUCCUUGACACCAGCCACAGCGGGCCACGCCUCCCUCUCCAGCUCCUCCAUCCCCGGGUCGAUGUCCACCUCGGUGGGCUCGAUCCUGUCCUCCUCCGGAUCCGGCGGCAGGGAGAGGGAGAGGAAACCUGAGGGACACCAGGAGGGAUCUGGCGGGUCGCUGCCACAGCCAGUAGCCUGUCAUCCCACACCGACCGCCCUGCUACCGCUCAUACUGCCAGCCGAGUCUCCUCACCCUGCUCCGCGCAAGCAGAUCAUCAUGGGACGCCCGGGGACUGUUUGGACCAACGUGGAGCCUCGGUCGGUGCCAGUGUUCCCUUGGCAUUCUCUCGUCCCUUUCCUGGAGCCGAGCCAACCAGGAGCGGCCGCCCAGCCCGCUGAUGGCCAGCAACUUGUCAAUCAGGGCAAAGAGCCUCGUUGUGCGGUCGCCUUGGUGAGCGACGGGCGAUCCACCGGCCCUCCAGACUUAGAGAGAGGAUCCCCGUCAUGCCCACCUCCCCCGACCAAUGACAAUCCUCCAGCAGAUAGAGGCGGGGCUGACAGCGAAACCGAGAGCGACACAGAUGACCCGUAAGUUCUCGCCGGUGUGGCCAAUGAUCCGGCGCCCUCCGCUGGCACCAUGAAGAGGCGCACGCAGUCCCUCAGCGCUCUGCCCAAGGACGGAGACAGGAAGAGGGAGAAAGACCACAUCCGCCGUCCCAUAAACGCUUUCAUGAUCUUCAGCAAGCGCCACCGAGCCCUCGUGCACCAGCGACAUCCCAACCAGGACAACCGGACAGUCAGCAAGAUCCUCGGGGAGUGGUGGUACGCUCUGGGCCCCAACGAGAAGCAGCAGUACUACGAUCUAGCCUUCCAGGUGAAGGAGGCCCACUUCAGAGCCCACCCUGAUUGGAAAUGGUGUAACAAGGACCGCAGGAAGUCACUGUCAGAGGGCCGUGGCACCCCUAAAGAGUCGCGGGAGAGGAGCAUGUCAGAGAGUAUAGAUCCCCACACAGAGUCCCAGGUGCUAGAGGGGAAGGUAGGAAGCUCAUGCUGGCCGGUGGGAUCGGAGCGUCGAGGGGGGCUGUUCGGCGGGCAGCACCCCCGUCCCCGAGCCUUUUCCCAGAGCGCCGUGCACACCCUGGAGCAGAGGGAGAGAGAGAGAGACCUGGAGAAGGAGGAAGGAGCGAGUUUGUUUCGUAACCGGCCGCCGACCCAGUCGAUGUACCAGGGCGGCGCCAGCGAGGACGUGACCAGCGACGAAGAGCGCAUGGUCAUCUGCGAGGAAGAGGGAGACGAUGAUGUCAUGGAGGAUUCAUGUCCCGAGGGCUCCAUCGACCUCAAGUGUAAAGAGCGAGUGACGGACAGUGAUGAGGAUGAGCCAGAUGGACAGCAUGGCUUCCAGCCAGUGGCUCGCUCCUCUCUCCCCUCCUCCUCUCCCUCUAUCCCACACUCCGACUCCACUUCAGCUAAAGGGAACUCAGGAGGAGGAGGAGGAGGUGCUGAGGACGGGUCUGAGAAGAGAAAGAGAGGCGCGGACGCAGGAGAGGAGGGGAACGAGGGAGGAUCCGUCAGAGAAGAAGCAGUGGCGACUGGAGGAGAAGCAGCAGGCGGUGGAGGUGGGCAGGGUGUCUCCUCUCUAUCCAUCGCAGGCUCAGCGUCCAGCACCCAGGCUCCGCUCACUUACACCCAGCAGGGUGGCACCCAGCUCCUCGGCGCCGUCCGCAUGGCUCCCACUAUGGUGACCAACGUGGUACGACCCAUCGCCAGCACGCUCAUCCCGAUCGCCAGCAAACCCGCGGAAGGCGCCGUCACCCUCAGCUCCCUGCCUCAGGACAAGAAAGCCACUCUCCUGAUUGGAGGCAGCGGACCCCAGCAGCUGCCAAUCAACGCAGGGGGUGGGUACCCGUCCUCAUCAUCAUCAUCAUCCUCCUCCCCUGGUCCAGUCAGUGUAACCCCUGUAGGGAGCAGCGGCCUGGUCACUAGCCUAGUUUUGGCCGCCCAACCAGUGCAGCUUCUCACUCCGCAGCCCUUGCCGCAGCACGCACAAACCCCCCUUCCUGUAAUCCAACCUCAGCUCCGCCCCUCCGCCACCUCUUCUCUCACACCUCCCAUGCAGCUAGCGCAGGUCCAGUACAUCCUGCCCACCGACAGCCCCUCGUCCCCUCUGCUCACCCAGCAGCAAAUCCUCUCCCUGCCCACCAAUGCGGCCCUGGCCAAUGGCGUGCACUCAGGGGCGAGAAUCAGAGUUGCAUCAGUCAGCCCCGGCACUAGAGUCCAAACCCAGUCGCCGGUCUUGCAGAGCAAGAUGUUGGUUCCCAUGGCAACAGUGAGAACAGGGUCUACUCCUCCUCAUCCUUCCAUUUCCCUGGUGGCUCCGCCUCUUCCUGUGCAGAACGGCCCCGCGACAGGAAACAAGAUCAUCCAGAUCGCUCCCAUGCCUGUGGUCCAGACCAACGUUCACCCUGGCAGCGCCGCAGCAGUGCACCCUGGGAACCCCUUUCCUGUUUCCAUGGCAACAGUGAUGUCUCCCGGUGCUGCGCCCCCACAGACCGUUCUUCUGACCUCUCCACCCACCAGGAUCACGUAUGUCCAGUCCAGUCCAGGUGUUACCACGGCAAUGCCCCAACAAGCCCCACCCGCUUCAGGUCCCGCGUAUCUCCCAUCAUCGCUGGCGACCCUGGGUUUCACCGCCAUCGCCCCGGCUGGACAAACCCUGGUUCAGCCCCUCGUUGGACAACCUCCACUGCUAGCUCCCGCCCCGCCCCUGAGCUGUCAAUCUCAGACCCCUACAGGCCAGGCCUCGGCAACCGCUGGUCGUCAGGUACUUACUGCCAUUUAUCCUGCACCGACCGUUCCACUGGCGACAGGCGUGGUCUCCGUGACAACGGUACCGCCCGCUGUGGCGGCUCCAGCCCAGGACGUGUUAAACCCUUCGUCUCCGUUGGCGACGGGGGCGCAGGGCUCAGCGGCGGCGACCCCUCAGCCCAGUGCGGCGGUGGCAUUGUUGGAGCCGAAGUUAGAGGUGAAGAUCGAGCGAGAUCUGGACGCUCUGACCGAGGAAGAAGGGAUGUCCAGCUGUGCCCUUAACUCAUACAGCUGCAUGAGUAACGCAACAGCAGCAAAAAUAGAAGAGGACAUCGGUCGUCACAUCAAGGAGGAAAACAUGAGAGACGGAUACUGCAGAGAGAAACGAAGUGAGAUGGACGGAGAGCGCGAGAGAGCGAUGAAGGAGAACAGCGACAGGAAGAGCGGCAGAGAGAUGGACAGAGAGGACCACAGCAUGGGCGACAACAGCAAAGAGGCUGGACCUCGUUCCCCUCCUCCUCCACCACCCUCAGGUUUGGACCCCCCUCCCCCUCCCCCUGCCGAAAGAGAGCCCGCCUCCUCCUCCUCCUCAAAGAAGAUCAAGUUCCGACCCCCGCCGCUCAAAAAGACACCUGACUCGGUUUUAUCUGAGAUGUACUUCGAAGAGCGUUUUGCUGAGCUUCCAGAGUUUAACCCAGAAGAGGUCCUGCCCUCGCCCACUCUGCAGAGUCUGGCCACCUCGCCCAGAGCCAUCCUGGGAAGCUACCGCAAGAAGAGGCGCAACUCCACCGAGCUGGAAGUGACAGCGGAGGAACCCAACUCGCCGAGGAGGAAGACCCGCCGCCUGUCCAGCUGCAGCUCGGAGCCCAACACCCCGAAGAGCGCCGCCAAGUGCGAGGGAGAAAUCUUCACCUUUGACAGACCAGGCACAGAGGGAGAGGAUCUUCUCGGAGACUUGGACCGGGUCCCGUACUCGUCUCUACGCAGAACUCUGGAUCAGCGGCGGGCCUUGGUUAUGCAGUUGUUUCAGGAACAUGGCUUCUUCCCCUCAGCUCAGGCCACCGCUGCCUUCCAGGCACGUUACUCGGACACCUUCCCCACCAAGGUGUGUCUGCAGCUGAAGAUCCGCGAAGUCCGUCAGAAGAUCAUGCAGACGGCCACGCCCGGAGCCCCCGAGCCCGGAGGGUCGAUCGAAGCCAACCCCGCCCCGUCCCACAGCUCCUCUUUCAAUCAAUCAGCCCGGGAGGACGUAGGGGUGGAGCAGCAGCAGCAGCAGCAGGGAGACAGAGGCCGGAGCCCCGAGGACCCCAACAGCGAAGGUUCAUAAGCUGGAGAGGAUGACAAAGCGGAAAGAUCGAGGAGAAGAAGACAAGAGAGCGGAGUGUGUCAUCCCCACAGAAUAUUCUUGUAUGUGUUGAACCAGUACUUUGUGGGGGGUCCGUUCUACUGGCACUAAUCUCCACCCAGACCUGGGCAGAAAUACAUUUAAAUAUGGUCACAAACAUUCAAACUACUCAAGGUGCGCUUGAUUUGUCUAAUCAGACAUUUUUAAAAAAGCCUCAAAAGUGGACAAGUCACAUGCAAGACAUGAUGAGUCAAGUGCUUCUUGUAGUAUUGUUUCCCUUUUUUCCCUUUUUUUGUUCCAAAUAUCCAGAAUAUUUUCAGUUACUACUUUGCCCAGGUCUGCUCGCAGCACAUUUGUACAGUAGUUUGUAGUUUGACACACAAACUCUGUGGUACACACUCUCUAUCUCUCUGGCACACACACACAUACACACACACACACACACACACACAUACACACACACAUAAACCCUGGUGCAUAUGUAAUCUCCAGCAUGCACAUGAUCCCACACAAACACACACGCACAUACACAAACACACACACACACACACACACACACACACACACACACACACACACACACACACACACACACACACACGCACCCUUACCAAAUCAGACUGUUACUCUUGGUUGGCAGUUCCCAGGAGCUGCUACCAAGGACCAUGACACACAAAGGCACUUUGUCACUUAUUGUGCAGAUGCAGUUUGCUGUUGCCAGCCAGCCAGCCCUCAGAUGCCAUUGACUUGACCUCCUUCUUGCCCUUCCACUCCUCAGCACAGUGGUCGGGACACAAAUACAACCCCAACGACCUCUACUGAUAUUCCACAGCCCCUCGAUGCUGCAAGACAGACAGCACACACACACACACACACACACACACACACACAUACACAUACACAUAUACAUACAUACAUAUAUACAGGCACACACACGCAGUGCAUGGGCAUAUCUGUGCAGUGUGAGCACUCUUAUACAACACACACACACACACACACACACAUAGUCAACCCUGGUCUGACCAAGCCAUUGGCCUGCACAGUUUUUAGUGAUUGUAAUGAGAAGACAAACUGAAAGCAUGAGUUCUAUUCGUUCCUGAAAAACAAAAAGAAGGCAGGAGUUGGGAUUUAGUGUGACCAAUCUUUGCACCUUCAGUUAUUGCCAUUUUGAAAGACUUGUGUCCUCAUUGGCGGGAGCUGAUUAUAUAUGUCUGUAUGUCUGUUGGGGUCUCCCAUACCCCAAAAACCUGUGUGAACAGGCACCGUAAAGAGAUUAUGUAAAGAGACUCUUGGUUGUGAGGCUUUGAAGAAUCAACGUUAAGUUCGACACUGACCGGCUCCUGACAGAGCUCCAGAGAAAAAGGCAGAAGAAGAAACUGGAUGGUGUUCAUUGGAUGAAAGAUUCAUGUUCCAACGACAGGAAGAAGACACAUAGUAAUAUUAAAUAAGGACAACAACAACAUUACAAGCUUACCAACAGAGAGAAAAAGUUUAAUUUUAACCAAACUUCUCUGAAUCUCCCAGUGGAUAUGUUGUUGCUUUCUCUCGUUAUCGUUGCCGUGGAAAUAACCAGUUUUACCGUGGCCUGUUUUUCUCUCGUGGCUCUAUUGUGUUUCUUCUCCAGCAUAAAAAAAAUCACAACAAAAAACAAACAAACUUUGGACUAAGAAGGGGACAAAAUCAGUUUGUGGCCCCCCACUUUUAAUUGUACCUGGGGUGGUUCUCCUACCCCCCCUCUCCCCUCCCCUACAGUUUCUCACCAGACACAGAAGUGGGGAAGCAGGGGGCGUUUGUCGUUUUGUAAAAACGUUGAAAUCAGGUGUUUGCACAAUUUGUGCGGCCCUUCUCGUCUGGGACCGCCGCAAGUUAAAUCAGGAAAGUAUUGUUUUUAGAGAUUGUUUUAGUAGAAAUAAUAACCUUGUUCCAUAUGUUAUCAACCAUCUUUUUCCUCCCCUUGUCCCCCCCUUUGCUUUUCUCUCAACCCCUUUCUCCUCCCUCUCUUUUCCUCUCUCCUCCCCCGCCUCCCCUCCUUCCCUCGACUCCUCAAGUGUUGUUAGAAAGUGCCCUUAAGCACUGGUCCCGGGUCAAGCGCUAUGUAGCUCAGGAUGGUUCUGGUUAGGGUUAGUUCAGGGAAAGCAGAUCCUAGACCAGCCCUGGAGGGCAGUCUCUGGAGCCCUCCCCUCUUCCCUCUCUUCUUGACACUUUAUCCUUUCCCAUCAAAUGGUGCAAUAGGACAUUUAUUUUUUUGGGAAUGGGUGGGUUAUUUUGUUUUUUCGGGGGAAGGCUCUGUGCCAUAGAUAUUAAAUCCAGUGCAGUCAGUCAGUGAGAGGAAUGAGCUGUUGUGAUACUAUCUUUAACUAUGGUAUAAAAACAAAAAAAAAAGAAUCACACAAUUAUUGUUCUUGUUGAAGAGAUAGAGAGUAUAACUUACUAAAAGUCAAAGACAAUUUUUUGAAUAGCACUUUUUGGCUCUUUGCUUCCGUGGUGAAGAGUGGGGGUAGUUAUUAUUAUGGGUAUCUCUUUUAUUUCUCUGUAUACAGUUGGAUGUGUGAAAAAAAUAUAUAUACCGGUAUUUCCAUAUAUGUGCAUUUAGGUCUAUGUUUGGGUGUGUUUGUAUGUUUUGGCACAUGCAGGUAGCGUGUUAACAUGACCAACCUCUCGUUCUUUCACCACACAGCAACAUAGUCAAUAGUAUAUUUUUCAGUGUAAUCUACAUUCUAUAUUCUACUCUAGAGACAGUAUUUUUAUAGUCACCAUGACUAUUUUGUCUGCCAUCUUGACUGUUAUCAAACCCAGAUGAUUCAGGAUAUAUAGGAAAUAUAUAUUCAGGAUAUACGAUAUAUAAAUAUAUAUAUAUAUAAAUACACACAGGUAAUAGAAGACUAUCAGUUCGGAUCUCUUGGGGGUUAGGGCUGUAAUGUGUCCAUCUGCAUGCAUGUGCAAUAACAUGCAAGUGUGCACACACCCAGACAGACAUAUGUGCAUACACACACAUGUAUGCGUGUACACUGUAUGAUUGUGCUUAAAAAUAAACUGUCCUUACUUUGGAGAAGGAAUUUUAGGAUGAGCGAGGUGAGUGUUAUCUCAUAAGCAGGCAUGUUGACCAUGUGCAAUAUUUCUAAACAACAACAAAAAAAACUAAAUAUUGAAAAUAUUAAAGAUCUAACACAA